AUGAGCAACAUCACGCCGACUGACCGCUUCACCAACCACAGCUCCUUCAACCGCUCGUGUCCUCUGGAGGAGGAGACCCUGCGGCUCCCGCUGGCCGUGCUCUACUCGCUCAUCUUUCUGUUCGGUCUGGCAGGAAACCUGCUGGCUCUGUGGGUCUUCCUCUUCCUGCACUCGCGCAGAAACUCAGUGCGUGUCUUCCUGAUCAACGUGGCGCUGGCGGACCUGGUGCUGCUGGCGUGUCUUCCCUUCCGUGUGCUGUACCACGCUCGGGGGAACGUGUGGUCUCUGGGGCCGCACAUGUGUAAGGCGGUGGGCAACCUGUUCUACAUGAACAUGUACGUCAGCAUCACCCUGAUGGGUCUGAUCAGUCUGGACCGCUAUCUGAAGAUCAUCGGCGUGAAGGGCUCUCAGAGGGGCUGCGGUCAGCGCUGGCUCCGGGGCAGUCGCUGGAGUCUGGUGACCUGUGUUCUGCUGUGGAGCGGCUCUCUGGUGAUGGUGGUGCCUAUGAUCGCGCUGGUCGAGAGAAACGAGGAGACGGGGAAGUGUUUCCAGUACAAGCAGAGGAAGCACGCUAGAGGCAAAGCCUACUUCAAUCUGUUCAUGGUGGCGGUGUUCUGGCUGGUGUUUGCGGUGCUGUUGGUUUCAUACGGACGGAUCGCACGCAGACUGCUGCAAGCCUCACGGGACAAACCGGACCUGCCCAACGCCACACGCUACGCUCGCACCGCUAAGAAGUCCUUCGUGGUGCUGCUCCUCUUCACCGUCUGCUUCGUGCCGUAUCACGCCUUCAGGGGCUUCUAUGUUUCGUCGCAGCUCCGUGACGUCAGCUGUGAGACGCGGCGGCUCAUGGAUCUCACCAACGAGAUCAUGCUUCUGUUCUCGGCCCUCAACAGCUGCCUGGACCCCGUCAUGUACUUCAUGCUCUCAGGCUCGGUGCGCAAAGCCACCGCUCAGGCUUUAUCGCAGUUCCUACACUUGCACCAGGAGCCCGUGAUGACCAACAGCUCCACCACGGAGUUCAGGAGGACGUCUGUGUCCCACGCCUCCACCGCUGCGGUGCUGACCACAUCCAGAGGCAGUCUGGGACUCAUCCGCUCUAAACACGGCUUCAGCGCUGACGGAGAGUCCUGUCCACAGAUCACGGCUCUGUCAAACUGAUCGAGCAGCACCGUGAGACCAAACGGUUUCACACAC